CGCAGCCGCUUUUCUCGCCCGGAGAGGGCGUGGCUUGCCGACGCAUUGCGGCUCCCUCCCCGGGUCCGUUGAACUUGUUGCGAAGCGCCGCGGUCCACCCGUGCGCGCGCGUGCGAGAGAGAGAGACUGAGGUAUAUGCGCGCGCGGCAGUGGCUCACCUAACAGCAGCAGGAGUGUGUGUCCGCAUGCGGGUUCCAACAAGGAGGCGAACUGCGCAGAGAUGCGGCGCACCUAGACGCGCCACGCGGACACGCCGCGCCGCCCCCCCCUCCUCCUCCUCCCCCCCGCUGAUUCAUCACGGUUCACGAAACCCGUUAAGCGAAUAGUUGGCUCAGUUUGUUUGUAAAUGGCGGCGCUGGAGCGGAGGUGAGCCGCUGCGUCGCUCGGCCGGCGGACCCGCAGACUGCGUCUCUCUUCUUUCCGCCUCCCGCGUCUGUCUCUCUUCGGUUUUUUUUGUUUUUUUUGUUCUCUCUUUUGUCGUCGGCUGUCUUGUGACAACGAGGAGCCAUGACGUCCGGGCAGGACGAGAGCUCCGUGCGCGUGGCGCUGAGGAUUCGGCCACAGCUGGCCAGGGAGAAGAUCGAGGGAUGUCACAUCUGCACGUACGUGAUGCCCGGGGAGCCCCAGGUGAUCCUGGGCAAAGACAAGUCCUUCACCUACGACUACAUGUUCGACAUGGACUCCCAGCAGGAGGCCGUGUACGCCAGCUGCACGGAGAAGCUGAUCGAGGGCUGCUUCAAGGGCUACAACGCCACCGUCUUUGCCUACGGACAGACGGGCUCGGGGAAGACCUACACCAUGGGGACGGGCUUCGACGUGAACAUCACGGACGAGGAGCUGGGCAUCAUCCCGCGCGCCGUGCACCACCUCUUCAGGGGCGUCGAGGAGCGGCGGCGGGCGGCGCAGGAGCAGGGCCGCCCGCCGCCCGAGUUCAAGAUCAACGCCCAGUUCCUCGAGCUCUACAACGAGGACGUUCUGGACCUGUUCGACUCCACGCGAGACAUGAAGCAGAAAUCGCACAUCAAGAUCCACGAGGACGCCGCCGGGGGGAUCUACACCGUGGGAGUGACCACGCGGACCGUGUCCUGCGAGGCCGAGAUGAUGCAGUGCCUGAAGCUCGGCGCCUUGUCCCGCACCACCGCCAGCACUCAGAUGAACGUCCAGAGCUCACGAUCCCACGCCAUCUUCACCAUCCACCUGUGCCAAGUGCGCGUCUGUGCCUCCGACAAUCAAGAAAGCGACAACAGGGAGUCCAACGGAAACUCCGAGGUGGACGAGUACGAGACGCUGACGGCCAAGUUUCACUUCGUGGACCUCGCCGGAUCCGAGAGGCUGAAGAGGACCGGGGCGACGGGGGACCGGGCCAAAGAGGGCAUCUCCAUCAACUGUGGACUGCUCGCUCUGGGGAAUGUAAUCAGCGCUCUGGGCGACCGCAGCAAGCGCUCCUCUCACGUGCCUUACAGGGACUCCAAACUGACCCGACUCCUGCAGGACUCGUUGGGAGGGAACAGCCAGACGGUGAUGAUCGCCUGCAUCAGCCCGUCCGACCGCGACUUCAUGGAGACGCUGAACUCGCUGAAGUACGCCAACCGGGCGCGGAACAUCAAGAACAAGGUGAUGGUGAACCAGGACAAGGCCAGCCAGCAGAUCAGCGUCCUCAGGACGGAGAUCGCUCGCCUGCAGAUGGAGCUGAUGGAGUACAAGACGGGCAAACGUCUGACGGGCGAGGACGGCGCGGAGAGCUUCAGCGACAUGUUCCACGAGAACGCCAUGCUGCAGACGGAGAACGGCAACCUGAGGGUGAGGGUGAAGGCCAUGCAGGAGACCGUCGACGCCCAGAGGGCGCGCCUCACCCAGCUGCUCAGCGAGCAGGCCGGCCAGACCAUCGCCAGGGCGGGUGAAGGGGCUUCUGAAGAAAUCGGAAACAUGAUUCACGGUUACAUCAAAGAGAUCGAAGACCUCAGAGCCAAACUGCUGGAGAGCGAAGCCGUGAACGAGAACCUGAGGAAGAAUCUUUCCCGCGCCUCCAACCGCCAGUCCCUGUACGGGGCCCCCCCCGCGCUGCUGGCCCCCGAGAAGGAGACCUCGGACAUCAUCGAGCUCGCCAAGAAGGACCUGGAGAAACUGAAGAAGCGAGAAAAAAAGAAAAAGAAAAGACUCCAGCAUCUGUUGGAGGAGAGAGAGCGGGAGGAAAGGGAGGAGGAGGUGGAAGAGGUUGAUGUCGCCAGUGCCGGCAAGGAGGAGGUCCCCGACAACGAGCAGGAGAAGGGCGCCGAGAAGGGAUCCGCGGAGCGAGUCCCCGAGGAGGCAGACUCGGAGGUCCAGGAAGGCAGCGACCACGAGGAAGGGGAGGAGGAAGAGGAGGAGGAGGAAGAGGAGAUGGACGUGGAGGAGAGCUCGGAUGAUUCCGACUCGGAGACGGACGAGAAAGAGAACUUCCAGGCCGACCUCGCCAACAUCACCUGCGAGAUCGCCAUCAAGCAGAAGCUGAUCGACGAGCUGGAGAACAGCCAGCGGCGGCUGCACACGCUCAAGCAGCAGUACGAGCAGAAGCUGAUGAUGCUGCAGUGCAAGAUCAGGGACACGCAGCUGGAGAGGGACCGCGUGCUGCAGAACAUGAAUACAGUCGAAACCGGCACGGACGACAAGUCGCGCAAGAUCAAGGCCGAAUACGAGAAGAAGCUGAGCGUGAUGAACAAGGAGCUCCAGAAGCUGCAGUCGGCGCAGAAGGAGCACGCCCGCCUGCUGAAGAACCAGUCGCAGUACGAGAAGCAGCUCCGGAAGCUUCAGGUGGACGUGGUGGAGAUGAAGAAGACCAAGGUCCGCCUCAUGAAACAGAUGAAGGAGCAGCAGGAGAAGAACCGGAUGAACGAGUCCCGGCGGAACCGGGAGAUAGCGUCGCUGAAGAAGGACCAGCGCAAGCAAGAGCACCAGCUGAAGCUGCUGGAGGCUCAGAAACGGCAGCAGGAGCUCAUCCUGAGGAGGAAGACGGAGGAGGUGACGGCUCUGAGGAGGCAGGCCCGGCCCGCCUCCGGUAAGGUCACCAGGAAGGAGCCGGUGCAGGACUCAAGCUACAGACCCCCGUCCGGACGCCUGUACUCCUCCGGCAACGCCGCCCCCAACGGCGCGCGGUCGUCGUACCGGCGCACGGCGGGGGUUUACUCCUCCAGAACCGCGCGCAACAAAUGGCAGUCUCUGGAGCGCCGGAUCACGGACGUCAUCAUGCAGAGGAUGACCAUCUCCAACAUGGAGGCCGACAUGAACCGCCUCCUCAAGCAACGGGAGGAGCUGACCAAGCGCAAAGAGAAGGUCAUCCGCAAGAGGGACCGUCUGCUCAGGGAGGGCCCCGAGGCGGAGAAGGCGACGCUGCCCCUCGGCGAGGAAGUGGACGCUUUGGCGGCCAACAUCGACUACAUCAACGACGGCAUCGCCGACUGCCAGGCCAACAUCAUGCAGAUGGAGGAGACCAAGGAGGAAGGCGACACGGUGGAUAUUUCCGCCGUGGUCAGCUCCUGUACGCUGACGGAGGCCCGGUUCCUGUUGGAUCACUUCAUGUCGAUGGCCAUCAACAAGGGCCUCCAGGCCGCCCAGAAGGAGUCCCAGGUGAAGGUGAUGGAGGGCCGGCUGAAGCAGACGGAGAUCACCAGCGCCACGCAGAACCAGCUGCUCUUUCACAUGCUGAAGGAGAAGGCCGAGUUCAACCCGGAGCUGGACGCGCUGCUGGGCAACGCGCUGCAAGAACUAGGUAACGUCCCGGCCGAGAACGGAGACGAUAGCAGCAGUGAUGAGUCGGCUCAGAGCCCGUCUGCAGAGGGAAACACCUUGACAUCGGACCUCGUGAAGCUCUGUGGAGAGACCAAAUCAAGAAAUAAGGCUCGUCGGAGGACCACUACUCAGAUGGAGCUGCUGUACGCCAACAGUGACUCCGCCCCCGACGCGCCCACCGCAGACUUCUCGGGCCCGCUGCUGCUUCCGUUGGCCGAGGCGGCGGCGGCGGAGGGGGGGGGAGGCGACGUGGACCCGUCGGGCUCAUCGGUCAGGGACUACGCAGCUCUCUCCCCCGGCUUUUCCUCUAAAAUGGGCAGCAUUUCUGGCUCCAGAACUUCGUCGGGGCUGGAGAAGCGAACCCCGGAGCCUUCGCCUCUCGCUCGCAGGAAGACCUACGACAAGGCGGCGGCCGACAGGGCAAAGGUCAAGGAGAUUAAACAGGGCGUCAUCAGCCCGGUGCCUCCCACUAAAGGCAGCCGCUCCUCCACGCUGCAGUGCGUCCACGUGGCCGAGGGACACAGCAAAGCCGUGCUCUGCGUCGACUGCACCGAUGACCUCCUCUUCACCGGAUCCAAAGACCGGACCUGCAAAGUGUGGAACCUGGUGACGGGUCAGGAGAUAAUGUCCCUGGCCGGUCACCCCAACAACGUGGUGUCGGUGCGCUACAGCUCCAGUCUGGUCUUCACCGUCUCCACCUCCUACAUCAAAGUCUGGGACAUCCGGGACUCGGCCAAGUGCAUCCGGAUGCUGACGUCCUCCGGUCAGGUCAACGUCGGGGACGCCUGUCCCUCCAACACCAGCCGGACGGUCACCAUCCCGGCGGGAGAGAACCAGAUCAACCAGAUCGCCCUCAACCCCAACGGGACGGUUCUGUACGCCGCCGCCGGCAACUCCGUGAGGGUGUGGGACCUGAGGAGGUUUGCGUCCACGGGGAAGCUGACGGGCCACCUGGGCCCCGUGAUGUGCCUGACUGUGGACCAGUCUGCCAGCAGCCAGGACCUGGUGAUCUCCGGGUCCAAGGACCACUACAUCAAGCUGUUCGACGUGACGGAGGGGGCCCUGGGGAGCAUAGGCCCGACGCACAACUUCGAACCCCCCCACUACGACGGCAUCGAGUCCCUGGUGGUCCAGGGGGACAUCUUGUUCAGCGGCUCCCGGGACAACGGCAUCAAGAAGUGGGACCUGAACCGCAGAGACCUGCUGCAGCAAGUCCCCAACGCCCACCGCGACUGGGUGUGCGCGCUGGGCGUGGUGCCGGGCUCCCCGGCCCUGCUGAGCGGCUGCAGGGGGGGGGUUCUCAAGCUGUGGCACACGGACACGCUGGGGACCCUUGGGGAGCUGAAGGGCCACGAGAGCCCCAUCAACGGCAUCGCCACCAACAGCAGCCACCUCUUCACCGCCUCCGACGACCGGACGGUGAAGAUCUGGCGUGCGCGCGGCGGGCUGGACGGCGCUCCCGAGGCGGCCGACGCCGCGGACGAGGUGGCCAGCAACUGAGCUCCCCCCGAAGAGCCUGCUUCGACGCCGCGGCCCUGGAACACGCCCCCUGCACCUGCAAUGUGACCUUUAGGAGCCAGUCCCGUCUCUCGCCACUCCGCUCGGGGGGGGGGUCGGGGGGUCGGUGGCUGGUCCGCCCAACCCACGGCUCCGGUUUCUUGGGAUUGUUUUUCUGCAUUAAAUGUGCAAAUGGAAUUACUGAUAUGCUAAUCUGCUUGCAUUUCCCAACAUGAUGAUAACAACCAAAUAACCCGGUUAAAAAUGCUUGUUUCAUGAUUAUAUGUUUGAGUUUUUCAGUUUUUAAUCAACGGGGGAAAAAUGAUAAAUUACUGAUAUUAAGACAUUAUCUAAUUAUUACUUUAGGAAUCUACAGCCGCAAAUGAACGACGUAGUCAAAUAAGAAACUUAGUUAUAGAAGCAAAAUAACCCCAAACCCUGGCUGCAUCGAUGUCGUCAUGUGACACCUCAACUAAUCCUUUCACUUUAAUCCUCUCACUCUCGAGCACUUUUAGUCAUUGACGUGCACUGUGUGUGUGUGUGUGUGUGUGUGUGUGUGUGUGUGUGUGUGUGUGUGUGUGUGUGUGUGUGUGUGUGUGUGUGUGUGUGUGUGUGUGUGUGUGUGUGUGUGUGUGUGUGAGAGUGAAAGCGUGUUUAAUCUCUCUGUGGAUCUUCACUUCGUCGUCUUAACUCCUGCGCUACAAGAGGGCUCCUCGUCGCGGACCGAUCCUCGUGCAGGGGGGUUGGGGGCGGUGCUGGUCGGGGGGGGGGGGGGGG